UGUCAGUAAGGGUUGCAGUGUACCGUGUCGAAAAUCCAACAAACACACUGAAUAUAUUUUCUUUUUUUCAGCGCGGGUGAAAUUUUCUGUGCUCAGCCUAAUUAGAAAUCAAAGGUGGAAUGUUUGGAAUAAUUUCUGCAUUGGAAAGAUGAAUCAUCAGUGCUCGAUUCAGAUAUUCAUUGUUAACAAUUCGCAAAAAGAUUACGAUGAACUUCAAGAAGUUUAUCGAUGAAUAUGGAAUAAGUCAUUCCUUUCUCUGAGCAAAUUUUGACUGUUCAAUGCAACUAGAAAUCGAGAAAGAAUAAUAUAUUCUAAUUAGAUGCGUUAUGAAAGGAUGUGUUGUUAUAUUAGAAUAAAAUAUUUAUGAUGUUGAUUGAAACUCCAAAAUAUGUUGAGGCGAGGUUUGAGUUGCAUAUUUUUGUUAUUUGAAGCUCCGCGGUUGAUUUGAAUUUAUUAGACACAAGAUGUCUUGGAUAGUACAGUCGAUAGCCGUGGUGCUUGUGCUGGCCACCCUCCAGUGCGGAGCCCAGCGGGCCAGGGAGGUACUGCGGGGCCAAGUGGCGAUGCUUCGAAGGGAGCAGUGGCGUGACAGGGAACGCAUUGAAGCUCUCGAAAAGAGGCUGUUGGCGCGUGGAGAACGCGAUUCCCCUUCUUCUCAAGCAGUGGCGUCGGAAGGGAUUUUCGAACUUCUGGAGGAAGUGAGUCGCGAGAUUUCGGAAUUAGCGGAGGAACUGAGGCAAAGACAGUGGCUUGAGGAGGCAGUGGCGAGCCUGCAGUUGAAGCAGGAGGAGGAGGGGAGGGUGCUGCGACAGCUGAGCCGGAGAGUGGAAGUGCUUGAGGAAGAACAAAGAAAUAUUUCUCAGCUGAUAUUAACUAACAUUGGACCAAUAAGAAACGAGGACAAGCCCGUAAUAGUGAGUACUGUAAACCCCUGGUCGGAAGAAGGUUCCGGAGAUCUUCUUGGUGAAUCGCUUUUUCCUGCAGUUACUUCAAAAAAUGAUGUGCGCUUGACAGGAGAAUCACUGAGAGAAACUGGGAAAGCUGUAACACUAUCGAAGAAUAUAAUAGGAACUGAAGCCAAUGAAAAAAUUUUAAGUCUCUCCAGACAAAUGCAUUUGGUUCAAAAGCAAAAUCAGCUGAUUGAAGAACGAUGUAUAGAGCUUAUAAGUAAUGUGACAGACGAUGUAAAAUCAUACACGGCAUUGCUGGAAAACUUACAAGAUGAUUUGAGCAAUUUAUGGAAACGGGUUGUGAAAGUGGAUUUCAACGCGGCGCAAUCACAAGCUGCUUUAGAUGUCCUCGAACGUGAUUGGAUAGAAGACAGAAAAAGUAUCAAUAAUUUACAGAACGGAUCCAACGCCAUCCUUGUCCAAUUAAAUGAACACAGUAAAAGAUUACUUGCUUUAGAGAUGCAGACGACUAAUCUGACUUUGCAGCGAUGCCAAAAUGAUGGCGAAACUUACAAGAGUCAUUUGCAGAUACAGAAUAUGGAACUUCGCCUCAAUCAAAUAGAUAACAGGAUUGACGAAUCUUUGAAGCUCUAUGAAAAUCACCGGAAAUCUAAUGAAAACAUCUUGCGAAGUUACCGAGAUGCUCUGGCAAGCAUUGCGAGAAGAACGCACAAUAUGAGUGGAGAGAUUUCAAGUUUAUCAAAUACUCAAAUAGGUUUACGUCUUGAUAUAAAUAAGUUUGUCAAGCAAUUGCCAAAAGACUGUGCCAAGGAAACGACUAAUGGAAUUAUAUUGAUUGAAGUGCCUUUAAUGGGACCGCUAGAAGUUUUCUGUGAUACUACUCCUGAUGGGGGACCUUGGAUAACUGUACAAAAAAGAUUUAACGGUUCUGAGAGCUUUUUCCGAGACUGGUCUGAAUACAGAAAUGGUUUUGGUGAUUUAAACGCAGAGUUUUGGAUUGGAAAUAACCCCUUGCACCUCCUCACGCGCAAGAGACGAAUGAAACUUCAUAUCGACAUGUGGGACAUCCAAGAGCGAUACUUUUAUGCUGAGUAUCAGACAUUCCUCAUCAGAUCUGAGCUUGAUCAGUAUGCCAUUGAAAUAUCCAAUCAUUCUGGUAACGCAAGUGAUGCUUUGACGUCUCAUUUUGGAAUGGGAUUCAGUACAUUCGACAAAGACAAUGAUGCAUCAAGUGCGAAUUGUGCUGUCCACCACACAGGUGGUUGGUGGUAUCAACAUUGCCAUCGAGCAGAUUUAAAUGGAAGAUAUUCCUUAGGUAUGACGUGGUAUGAUGAGUAUAAUCAAGAAUGGUUGCAGUUAGUACGUGUUGAAAUGAAAAUAGCUCCAAAUGAAUCUUAAUGAUGAGUUUAGAUUGCCAUAUAUUUGCUUUAGUUGAAGUUCAUGACAUAUAUUUCUGUUUUUAAAAAGAAAAAAAAAUGCAGAAUCUGUCGGAUGUUUUUUAACAAUUUAAAAAGCAUUCAGGCCAUAUAAUUUCAAUUAUAAGAUUAUAAAUAUUUUAGGGUUUUUAUGUAUUGUAUGAAGAAAAUGAAGGUUUACUGAAAGCAUUAUAAUAUAUUUAUAAUUAUAAUAUGAUUAUAUUAUUAUAAUAAUUAUUUUUAUAAGAUUAAUUUCUCUAUAUGAAAUGGAAAAAAAAAAUACUGCCUGAAAAAUUGUUUCGAAAAAAAUCUGUUUCCCCUUUUAAACAUUUUAUUAUUUGGAAAAAAUAUAAAAUAAUAGCUAUAUAAAAAGAGCUAAAACCGAAAAAUAUCUUUAGCGCAUCACUCUAGAAAAAAAAUUAUGAACUAAUGAGACAGACUAAUAUUAAAAAUUCAAAAUUUGAUAAAUGGUUAUAGAUUUACUUUUUAAUAACAUUUCAUAAUCAGUUAUUUUUUAAAGGAAAUUCUUGCGUUUUAAAAAUAAUUCAACACGUAAAGUUAAUCACAGUACUUUGAUUACAUUAACUUUUCUUAAAUAACCAGAGGAUGUAUAAUUUUUAUUUCUUAAUUUUUUUCUGAUCACAGCACAAAUAAAACUUAUUCUCAAUAAUAGAUUGCGAUGGUUUGCAUGACGUUAAUAGCUUUCUUUUUUUAUUAAUUUUAACUUUAAUUUCAAUUAAUUAUAUUAAUUUCAAAUGUCAUAACGAUUGUUUCUUCUAUUUCUUUAAUCGAACUCGUUAUUAAAUAUUGGCGAUGUUUUAAUAUGCUUUAAAAUCUUUGAAUAAAAGGAAUGGAUCAGAAUUAAGGGUAAAGGAUUUACUAAAGAAAUAUACGCUUUCUUUUCAAAAGGAUUAAUAUCAAUUUCGAAAAAUAGAACGAAUUAGGUUUUAUUCAAAUUAAAUUUUUUCAAAAAUAUAGUUAAUAAAAUUUGUCGUGCUUUUCUAACAAAGUGCAAAUACUAUUUACUUACUAUUUGCAUGAAAGUACUAGAGAAAAACCUUUUUUUUUUUUUUUUUUUGCUUUUUAGGGGGGAAAAAAAUAGCUUUCAAAUGAAACCUUAAAGAAUUGAAAGAAAAUGAAUUCUGCAAUUUGCUACAAAUUACCCAUAGAAUAAAAAAUUUAGGACAAAGCAAAGUGUUAUGAUAUAUAAAAACAUUACUAAUUUUUCAUGUUAAUCGUGCCAAAAAUUUGGACUAAGGAUUUUUAAUUUUAAGGUUUGAACAAAGAUAUUGCAUUAGUAUUAAAACAAACAGAAUAACGCACUAGGUGUCAUUUGCAUUACAAAAAGAUAUCGCUUUUGUUUAUCACUAGAUCGCACAUUUUGCAAAAGUUAACAGCACCUUGAAACAUCACAACAUUUUAGAAGCAUUUAGAUAUAUUGAUGAAUGACACAAACUGCAAAAGAUAAUGAAGUUCCCACCGAAUGUAUGUUUUUAUAGAGCACAAACACUAUUUUUACUCACUCGUAAGUAAAAAUUCAUUUUCGAAGUUUAACAUACUUAAGAAGCCUUAUAGUUAGAAGAUGUGUGAACAUAUAUUAACAUUGCCAAAGACAGCUAAGUCAUUAUACAAUCACUUGACAACUAUUCGUAGAAUACUUUUAUUAUUAAUGACGUAUUUGCUUCAAGAAAAUGUUCAUAUUAAUAUUCUAAGCAUAUGGUCCUUAAUCAAUAAGAGACGAGUGUAGAUUCGAAAGAGGAAAAUAAAUGAGAAGGAAUCGAUAUUAAGUUUUUUAUAUCUACCAAAGUGCUUGUGUGUAAAACGAAUGGUGCAAUAAAUUUUCUUAUUUCUA